AAAGCUCGUCUGUUUUCAAAUAUCUUGAUGAGGAUGUGGGUGAAUAUCUGCUGCUGCCUUGUGACCUUGGCUCUGGGCUGUGAUGUUGCUGCAGGAAUACAACAAAAAAUAAUCAGAAAUAAGGCGUCCAUCGUUCUGUCCUGUCCUCUCUCUGUGGAGGGGAACGUGACGUGGAGCAGAGAGAAUAAAGGAAGGAAAUUUGUAAUACUUACAGCUGAUUGUAAAACGUUCAUGAGACACAUUAAUGACACACGAUUCACAUUAUCAGCUGAUCAGUCGCUCAUCAUCCAGAGGCCUACUCCAUCAGACUCUGGAAGAUACCUGUGUAAUAAUGAACCAGCUGUGCAACUGACAGUGUUCCCAUCAGAAAUACAACAUCAAGUAAUCAGAAAUAAGGCGUCCAUCGUUCUGUCCUGUCCUCUCUCUGUGAAGGGGAACGUGACGUGGAGCAGAGAGAAUAAAGGAAGGAAAUUUGUAAUACUUACAGCUGAUUGUAAAACGUUCAUGAGACACAUUAAUGACACACGAUUCACGUCAUUACCUGAUCAGUCGCUGUUCAUCCUGAGGCCUACUCCAUCAGACUCUGGAAGAUACCUGUGUAAUAAUGAACCAGCUGUGCAACUGACAGUGUUCCCAUCAGAAAUACAACAAAAAAUAAUCAGAAAUCAGGCGUCCAUCGUUCUGUCCUGUCCUCUCUCUGUGAAGGGGAACGUGACGUGGAGCAGAGAGAAUAAAGGAAGGAAAUUUGUAAUACUUACAGCUGAUUGUAAAACGUUCAUGAGACACAUUAAUGACACACGAUUCACGUCAUUACCUGAUCAGUCGCUGUUCAUCCUGAGGCCUACUCCAUCAGACUCUGGAAGAUACCUGUGUAAUAAUGAACCAGCUGUGCAACUGACAGUGUUCCCAUCAGCUCUGAGGAAAGCGCAGGCCAGCACAGACAAGCAGCUGCAUUUUGGACUGAUGUCUGGAAUAACUGCCACACUCUUCAUAAUCUCCAUCAUCACUGUUCUUUCCGCUGGGAGGUGCAGGUCUACCAAACAAGGAAAUGAGAAGAAAGGCCACACCUGUCACCACACAGUUGAUGUCAGCAGGUCUGAACCUGCAAACUGUGAGAAACAGGAAGUGUUAAGAGAGACUUUGCCAGGAAAUGAAGAAGAAGACCAUGUCUAUCAUUAUAUAGUUGAUGGUCUGCAAAGCAGCAAAGACAACAGAAAUGCACAUUCAUCAGCUGCUUACUCCUUGGCCAGUUUUCCAGGUCCAUCACAGGGGACUCAUUCAUCCUAUUCCUUACAACAGAUUCCCAAAGCCAAAAGAAAUGAUGGCAACCACUUUCCACAGCUGAAGCUGGAAUGUUAGAAAAAAAAAAAAAAAAAGCUCUUUUUCUGUGUUAGAAGUUAAAACUGGAUAUUCAACCUUUUCCAAAACAGCUUCAGUAUCAUUUAAUUCAUAUUUACUGUUAUUAAAAAAUAAUGACUGAUUUAUUC